ACAAUUUCAUCCUUUGAUUUCCUCAUUUCUGCUCUAUCGAUGUCCUUAUAAUCCCAACAGCCAUUCGCUCCUUGCCUUACAAGUUGGAAAACAACAGAAAUCUCCUCUCCUCACGGUCAGCGACCUCUCUUUUCCUUGACGACAGACGACAGACGACAUAAAGUUGAGACGAUCUGUCCCUCCGUCCCGCUUGCCGAUUUAUUUUUUACAUCAAUAAACGCAUUCGCAUCUAUAACCAAUCCGUCUUGGGCCAGCUGUGCUAUAUAAUUCCUUCUUUUCUAUAUCUUAGCCAAGCACGAUUUUCCCACAAUGUCGAGCUCUUUGGCUGCCCUCGAUCCCGCUUCUCUUCCUCUUCCUCCUUCGGCCGAUCCGCAAUCCUCAGCACCUCCAACUCUUCCUGAUCAUCUUCCUGUCGAUAACACUGCUAGUGAAGGUAUUCAGACGGCAAACGAGCUCGACGCAGGAGAGGGGAGCUGGCCCUCAGCAGCACGAGAUCUCAUCCAGUCAUUGCGCACGCAACUCGCUGAUUCUCGACAACUUGUGUCUCAACAAACUACCAAGCUUUCUUCCCUUGCCGAUCUUGCUGUGGAACAUUCGCAGUUGAAAGACAAGCACGCAUUUGUGUCUGCUGCCAAAGAGGCGGUCGAAAGUCAGCUCAAAGAUGAGAUUAAGAAGCGCGAAAUGGCGGAGGAACAGGUCGAAAUGCUUCGAGGUCAAGUGGAACAGGCUCGGAGAGGUGUUAUGACAUUGCAGAAACAAGAAGCGGAAAGGAAACGUCUGAGUGUCAUGAGCGGAAUGGGUCUGGGUUUGGUGCCAAACUUUGAUGAGGAAGAAGUGUUGGUCGGGGAAACGUCGAAGAGGGACAGCAAAAUUUCUCGUCGAACGAGUAUGAUGGGCAGAUCGCACAGGAGGGUUAGCUCCCAGUCAGAACCUGCAGACUUCAGUGCUGCCGCAGAAAGGCAGUCACUUGUGUCCCCGAAGCCACCAGCAGCUCCUCGACUCUCCAACGGCCUUCGAGAGCUCAAACUUGCCGCAACUCCGGCUACAACCUACCCUGCAAGCCCUAGUCCUCCCUCACAGCCUACGCUACUUGGUCAAAGCAGCUACUUUGAGGACUCAGCUUCUCAAGCUGCCAUUGCGUCAGCCAACCGGGAAAAGGCAGCCGCGACGGAAGAGGCUGCCCAACUUCGCUCUGAAUUGCGCCAAGUUCAGCUCAAAUUGGCAGAGAGCGAGGAAUCGAGGGCUGCCACAGAAGUGUGCUUGAAGGCUCUGCGAGAAUUUUUGGCAUCCAACGAGGAUAACGAUAAUGGCCAGAGUGCUGUGGAGGCUCUCAGAGGUCUUUCAUUACCUCCUCUUCCAACAGAUCGUGAUCCAGACGGACAAUUCGACCAGAAGGAAAUGAAACCUACUGGAUGGGGCUUCAAGCUCUGGUCAAACCGCGCUCAACCUCAGUCUCAAUCUUCUUCUGAAGGACUCUCGCCCAGCCGGUCGCGCGCUACUUCUUCUGCUACUAUGAACAAUCCCUCUAUCUCGCCAUUAGCGACACCCGGGGAGGAGGGUGUAAGCGCUGGAUUGGGUGGUUUCGUUAGCAGUUGGACGAAAGGGGUUACCCCUGGGGCUCCCCAGACGGGUGCUGGUGCAGUGAGUGGUGGAUCCGGUGCGAGUGGAGCAUUAGGAGCGCCGCAAGCGCCUCCUAGGAAACUGUCCGGAAUGGGAGGCUUCUUCCGCCGUGCUGCUGCUACUCAACCUCCUCAAGCUGCGGAGAAAGAACUUCCUUUGCCACCCACGCCCACAAAAGUCCUGACCACUGUGAACGAGCAAGGAGGUGAAGUUGAUCUCUCAAGCCCCGCUGUUGGACCAGAGGCAGAGAAGGAGGAGGAUAGGCGUAAAAGCAGUGCAACGACUUUGAGUGAUUUGGAGGCAGAGUUGGGUACUCCUCACGGAAGUAUGGAGGAGAAGAUGGAAGGAGAGAUUGGAGAAUUGAAGGGCAAGGUGGGAGAGUUGGAGAAAUUGGACGAGGUUGAAAUUUGAUCUGGAAUCGUUUAUGUUUUCUGUCGUUCUGCAGGAGAGACUUGACGAGAUCUAUGAAUUGUCAUGUAUGCCAUAGAAACGAAUUUUAUUAUAGAGAAUCAAGGUCAUAUAUGAUAGACGAAC